AUGGCGGCCGACAAUAACGAGGAUGAUCUGGCGACGCGUGACUCUGCCGAGGGCCCAGACGACUGGACGGAGAGCGACAGGGCGGACACGGGGGUUGUGACACAAACGGGGGACGAGGAGGAAGAGGAGGCGGAGGCGGAGGUGGAGGCGGAGGGGGAGCAGGAGGAAUACGGGGAAGGGGGGGCGGAGGCAGAAGGAGAAGAGAACGUAGAGGAAGGGGAAGGUGGAGAGGAAGAAGCGGAGGAGGAUAAUGGGGAGGAGAACGGUUACGGAGAGCAAGGGGGAGAGGCGGAAGGGGGAGAAGCGGAAGGGGGAGAAGCGGAAUGGGGAGAGGAAGGGGGGGAGGGGGAGGAGGGGGAUGUGGAAGUGUGGGUGGCUGGGCAGGAUGAAGCAGAGGGGGAUGGCGGAGAGGUGGAAGGGGAGAGGGAGUGGGGGGAUGCGCGGGAGAGGGGGGAGGGGGAAUGGGAGGAGGGGGGAGAGGGGGACGAGGGGGAUGUGGAGGUAUGGGUGGCUGGGCAGGAUGAAGCGGAGGGGGAUGGGGAGGGAGGAGAAGGAGAGAAGGAAGGAGGGGUGGAAGGGGAAGGAGAGUGGGGGGAGGAGGCAGGAGAGGGCGAGGAAGCGGGGGAAGGAGAGGAGGCGGGGGAAGAGGCGGGGGAGGAAGGCGGGGAGGCGGAGGGAGAGUACCCUGGGUGGGCGAGUGAGGCGCUGCUAUCGUUUCUGGAGGAGCAGGGCGAGAGUGUGAAGGAGCCUCUGUACUGGUCGGCUGUGAAAAAGAUUGUUGCAGGAUAUAUCCAAGCCAACGGACUGCAGAAGGGCAAAUGGAUCACGUGCGACGAUGCGUUACAAGCUCUCUGCGAUACCGAUAGAAGCAUGCAGGCUCAGUUCUACUACACUCUCGCCACGCACUACCCCGUUAAGAGCUCUAUCAAGGUGCCUCGGCGGCUGCUGAAGCGGCUAGCAGAGGAGGAGGCUGCUAAGAUGGGAGCGGGGGAGAAGGGGAAGAGGAAGGGGAAGGGGGCGAGAGGAGGAGAGGAGGAGGAAGGAGGAGAUGAGGAGGAGGAGGAAGGGGGGGAUUUGGAUCCGCGAAAGAGGAAGCGCGGCCGGCCCCCCAAGGCCUCUCGAGACAACCCAUCAGCCACCACCGCUACAGCCGCCGCUACAGCCGCCGAACCCAACCACACCCGCUACUCCGAUCCAUUCGCCUCUGACCCGUUCUCCUCCUCAGACCCAGACGCCCCUGAAGUGACCGAUCCCUUCGGCCCCUCCCCAUCCGCCCGCUCCUCCUCCUCCGCGUUCCCCCCGCCUCCCCCCGCUCCCCCCCCGGGCCCUGAGUGUGGGUAUGCGGCUGUGACGCUGGCGAAUCUGGGCGGGGUGUUUCUGAAGAGAAGGCAGCUGGAGGGGUUGCUGGCGGAUGAAGGGUUUGACCGCAAGGUGGUGGGCACGUUUGUGCGGAUCCGUGUCCCGGGGCCUGCCAAUCAGACUGAGGCGUGUUACCGCCUCGUGCGAGUCACAGGCUGCACGAGCCAGACUGACAUGUACCCGGUGGGCAAGGGUCUCACCAACAGGGUGCUGCUCAUCAUGAAUCUCAAGACGCCAGAAGCCACGACUAUCGACCUCGUCUCUAAUUCUGACUUCACUGAGGAGGAAUGUCAGAAGCUGCGGCAGUACAUGAAGUGGGGGCUAGUUGAUCGACUCACUGUGGACGAGGUGGCAGCCAAGGAGAACGAGCUGCAUGAGCUCAAAGUCAACGAUCUCCUGCCAGUGGCUGGAGGCAGAGCGAGUGAAGCUGACCAAUCUGAGGGACAGGGCGAGCGAGCAAAUCUCACUCACACCUUCCCCACUCCCCUGCUCCUCUUUGCUUUCUCUCUUACUGCUGCCUCCCCCUCCCCUUCCACUCCGCCAGUGUGUGUGCAAGCGCUCAAGGAGCUGGACAAGCCGGCAUUCAAAGCCAAGAAGAUGGCGGAGUACCCAACCAUUGAGGCUGAUCCUGACCUCAUGAACCUGUCUACUGGCGACUCUGAUGAUGAGGGCGAGAAGAACAAGCAGCAGACAGUGCAAGCGCUCAAGGAGCUGGACAAGGCGGCAUUCGAAGCCGCUGAUUACCCAACCAUUGAGGCGGACGCUGACCUCAUGAACCUCUCUACUGGUGAUUCCGAUGAUGAGGGCGAGAAGAAGAAACAGACAGUUCGGUCGUCCCCCAUUCACGUCCCAGGGGGGGGAGAGGAGCAGGAGAGUUCGGGGGAAGGGGGAGAGGAGGAGGGGAGAUGGGCGGGAGAGGGAGAGGGGAUGGUUGGGGGAGCGGGGGAGGGGCAGGAGGAGAGAGGGGGGAGAGAGGGGAAGAGAAGAGAGAGGAGGAUAGUGCAAUUCCCAUGUCUAGAUCCCUAUCUGCAAGAGGCCAGCCUUCCCAACUGGCAGCAGAACCCCCAGCCACAGCAGCAGCAACAGCCAAGCUUCCAGCAGCCGCAGCUGCAACAGCAGCAGCUGCAGCAGCUUCAGCUGCAGCAGCAGCAAGCAGAGUUGGAAUCCGCGUGGCGAGCAGAGCUCUCUCGGCUGGAGCAGCAGCAGCUGUGGCACUACCGCGACCCCCAGGGCGACCUGCAGGGGCCCUUCUCCCUCGCGCGCCUGCGCGGCUGGCUGCCCCUCAACGUCUUCCCCCCCGACCUGCGCGUGUGGUGCGUGGGGGAGGGGCCGGAGAGCGGAGUGCUGCUGUCAGAGGUGGCUGAAGGGAAGGUGGACCCGUUUGGGAGGGAGAAGCAGCAGUUUUGGGCUGCUGCCGCUGGUGGUGCUGGUGGUGCUGGUGGUGCUGGUGUUGGUGUGUCUGGUGGUGGUAUGGGUGGUGCUUUUGGUGCUGGUGGCACUGGUGGAACGGGGUUGGCAGCGGCAGGAAUCGGACCAGCAGCAGGGGCAGUUGGGGUAGCAGGGGCAGCAGCAGGCACAGCAGCUUUCAGUGUGCCAAGCGGUGGGGUGGGGGGUCCUGUCGCACCCCAAUUUUCCCAAAUUCCCGAGGUUUCUCACUCCCCACACGUUCCUCAUGCCCCCAAUGCUCCUCAGCCGUACGGUGGCAUGGGGCAGCAAGGCACACCCGUUGGCCCUGGGGUUACUGCUGCUGGUGGGGCAGUAGGAGCGGCAGGAAUGGGGGGGCCAGGAGGUGAGGGGUCAGGGUGGCAAAGCAGGGGUGGUGGCAGCAGUGGGUGGGGGGAAGGGUGGAGUGGGGGAAAUAGGCAGGGCUGGGAAGGAGGGGAACAGGGUGCUUCUGGGGUAGGUGGUUUUGGAGCGGGUGCUUCUGGGGUAAAUUCCCCUGGGGUAGGUGGUACUGGGGUGGGUGGUACUGGUACUGGAGGAUGGGGGGGAGAGAGUGGGGAUGGAGGGUGGCUAAGUCGAAGGGGUGGAGAGGGACAGGGGAGAGGGAAUGAGGAUGGGGGCUGGCAGAGUAGGGGUGGGGGUGAGGGAGGGGGGAGAGGGAGUGAUGGCGGGGGUUGGCAGAGUAGGGGCGGAGGAGAGGGACGGGGGAGAGGGAGUGAGGAUGGGGGUUGGCAAAGCCGCGGGGGAGGGGAGGGACGGGGGAGAGGGAGUGACGAUGGGUGGAGGGAUGGUGGUGGGAGGAGGGAGAUUUCGUUUCGAGGGCCGGGAGGGGGGAGAGAGCGAGGAGGUGAUGAGUGGAGUGGUGGUGGUAGUGGAAGGUACUCCCUUGACUUAUUCGCCAGAGCACACGUGCCUGCGGGCAGGGCAGGGCACGCCUCUUCUGCAUGCUUUGCUGUUGUCUCAUCACGCCCUUCCCUCCCCGCAUUUCCCCCUCCCCCUUCCCCCCUUCCCUCCCGCAUUUCCCCCUCCCUCUUCCCCCCUUCCCUCCCGCAUUUCCCCCUCCCUCUUCCCCCCUUCCCUCCCGCAUUUCCCCCUCCAUCUUCCCCCCUUCCCUCCCGCAUUUCCCCCUCCCUCUCCCCCUCUCUCCCCUCCCCCCGCCCACCUCCUUCCUUUACCACCCUUUUUCCGCUUGAGAUAGUCCAUUGA